AUGAAGCCUGUGCAGGACUCUCAAGAAAAGAUAUCUAUUGAACAGCAAUUGGCUGUAGAAUCAAUCAGAAAGUUCUUGAACUCAAAGACCUCUUACGAUGUGCUACCUGUUUCUUACCGUCUAAUUGUCUUAGACACUUCAUUACUAGUGAAAAAAUCAUUGAAUGUACUUUUGCAAAACAGUAUUGUCUCCGCCCCAUUAUGGGACUCUAAGACGUCAAGAUUUGCUGGGCUACUAACUACCAGUGAUUUUAUCAAUGUAAUUCAAUAUUACUUCUCUAACCCAGACAAGUUUGAAUUAGUGGACAAACUACAAUUAGACGGAUUGAAGGAUAUAGAGCGGGCUCUCGGAGUUGACCAAUUGGAUACAGCUUCCAUUCAUCCAUCUAGACCCUUAUUUGAAGCGUGUCUUAAGAUGCUAGAAUCAAGGAGUGGUAGAAUACCAUUGAUCGACCAAGACGAAGAGACUCAUAGAGAAAUUGUUGUCAGUGUUCUUACCCAAUAUAGAAUCUUGAAGUUUGUUGCUCUGAAUUGUAGAGAGACUCAUUUCCUAAAGAUCCCAAUUGGGGAUUUGAACAUCAUUACACAACAAAAUAUAAAAAGCUGUCAAAUGACAACCCCAGUCAUUGACGUCAUCCAAUUGCUUACUCAAGGCCGCGUUUCUUCUGUCCCUAUCGUCGAUGAAAACGGUUACUUGGUCAACGUAUAUGAAGCAUACGAUGUUCUGGGUUUGAUAAAGGGGGGAAUCUACAACGACUUGUCACUAAGCGUUGGAGAAGCCCUUAUGAGAAGAAGUGACGAUUUCGAAGGUGUCUAUACAUGCACCAAGAACGAUAAACUAUCUACUAUUAUGGAUAACAUCAGAAAGGCAAGAGUUCAUAGAUUUUUUGUAGUCGAUGACAUUGGACGAUUGAUUGGUGUCUUGACGCUAAGCGAUAUCCUCAAAUACAUUCUUCUGGGUAACAACUGA